GGAGUUUUACUACAAUGAAACGAAUAUUGGUCCUGAUGCUGCUCGCGCUCGGGCUCUCCUGCGUGCACAGAGUGAAUAAGCACAAGCCGUGGAUCGAGAGCUCAUACCACGGCGUCAUCACAGAAAACACAGAUGUGGUUCUGUUGGAUCCUCCUUUAGUGGCUCUGGAUAAAGACGCACCAGUUCCAUAUGCAGGUGAAAUCUGUGGCUUUCACGUGCAGGGUCUCAGUGCUCCGUUCGAGGCUGUGGUUCUGAACCGCACGUCAGGAGAGGGCCGUCUGCGGGCACAUGGACCGAUCGACUGCGAGCGUCAGAGAGAAUUCACCUUCAUCAUUCAAGCACGUGACUGUGGCACAGGACCGGAGGGACACGGAGAGAAGAGAUCACACAAGGCUGUGGUGCAUGUGCAGGUGGGAGAUGUGAACGAGUUUUCUCCCGUGUUCGGGCAGUUGGAGUAUCACGGCUCGGUGACGGAGGGCAAAGUGUAUGACAGUAUUCUGCAGGUGCAGGCGUCAGACCAGGACUGCUCUCCACAAUACAGCCAGAUCUGCAACUACCAGAUCACCUCUCAGGACACAGCCUUCGCUAUAGACCGCAACGGUAACAUCAGGAACACAGAGAGCCUGAGCUUUGAUAAGGAAUCACAUUAUAAAAUCCAUGUGACAGCAUUCGACUGUGGUCAGAAGAGAGCAGCGCAGGACGCUGUCGUACACAUCCAUGUCAAACCCAUCUGCAAGCCUGGAUGGCAGGGCUGGAGCAAGCUCAUUGACUAUGAACCAGGAACGGGUAGUAAGCCGUUAUUUCCCAAGAUGCACCUGGAGACGUGUGUGGGAUCGGUGUCGUGGAUCAGGACCACAGUGGAGCUGGAGACGAGCAGUGCUGGGAGAGGCUGUGACAGACAGUCUUACUCUGAACGAUCCUUACAGAAGCUCUGCGGAGCUUCAUCAGGCAGCACAGAUCUUCUGCCGGCCCCCAGUGGUGUUUUUAAUUGGACGGCGACUCUUGUGGCGGAUGGCGGCCGGGACAGUGACCUCACAUACCGCUUUGAUGGCCGUCAAGCUGCCAAGAUCCCAGACUGGGUCAUCCCGCAGAAUCUAACCCAUCAGUUCACCAUAACCACAUGGAUGAAGCACGGACCGAGUCCAGGACAGAGAGCCGAGAAAGAAACGCUGCUCUGCAACUCUGACAAAACAGAUAUGCUGAGGACGGACUACACUCAGACAGACUCCUUCAGACCGGCUGAAUUCCACUGGAAAUUAGAGCAGAUCUGUGAUAAGGAGUGGCAUUAUUACGUCAUCAGCGUUGAUUUCCCAGUGGUGACUCUAUAUGUGGACGGCGUGACCUAUGACCCUUACCUGGUGACAGAUGACUGGCCCAUCCACUCCUCUCAGAUCGACGUGCAGCUCACUGUAGGAGCCUGCUGGCAAGGUGGUGAGGUCUCUAAAGUAAAGUUUACGCAGUAUUUCCGAGGCAGUUUGUCUGGACUGACGAUACGAUCUGGGAAGAUUGCAAGCCAGAAGACAAUCUCCUGCCUACAGGCCUGCAAAGAAGGACUGGACAUCACCUCACUGGAGAGCCUCGGACAGAGGAUAAAGUUUCAUCUGAAUCCUGCUCAGUCUCUGGUGGUGAUGGAGGGAGAGGAUCUGGAGCAGAUGAUGGCCGCACUGAGGAAAGUUUCUUACAUCAACUCUCGGCAGUUUCCCACCAAGGAAGCGCGUCAUCUCCGGAUCUCAACGGCAGUGCAGUGUUUCGGGGAGGAUGUGUGUAUUUCCGUCCCUGAUAUUGAGGCGGUUGUCAUGGUAAUGCAGCCUAGUGAACCAUGCAUCACAAUCACUGGGGCGGAGCACCUGACCGUCCCCGCCUCCGACCUUGCCCUCGGCCUAUCCCUAUUCAGAGAUUUGCAUAUCAUCAGCACAGUAACAAAAAGCGACGGACAGACAAACACAGAUCACAGGUCAGGUGCAUUGAAGGAAAUCGCACAUAAUCUGGACUACUGUGACAUUAUGGUGUUGGGGGAGGGGUUAAGGGCAGGGCUAGAGAGUCUGGAACUGCACCACAGCGCUUUAUUGGGCAAACACCUGCAAUACGUCAACUCUAGCACUGGCAUGUCCAUAUACGGUGUGGACUCUGUUUGUCACUACGCAGAGGUGAUCAGACAGGUGCGUUAUCAGAGCCGUCAGGCUGUCGACUCCAUCCGCACCUUCAGACUCACCUGCUCUGAGCUCAACGGACGUUACACCAGCGAUCAGUAUAUGUUACAGAUCAACAUCCUUCACAGUGAGGAAGCUACUGAACAUGUCAAUCAUGCGAUGGCUCCGCCCAAAUACAUGCAAAUUAUUCAUCCUACAGUCACAGAAUCUAACAGCUACAGCUUAGUUGUCCUUGCCGUUGCUACUGCGGUCAUUGUGGUGUGUAUCGCCGCCCUGCUGGUGGUGCUGCUGAGUGUUUACCGCCUCAACCAACCACAAAACCAAGAGCACAUUCACACACACACGCUGCCAGAGAAACAAGCGGACUGUGACAGAUCCUCUCUCUCCAUCACCGUCAACCCUCUGGAGAGCUUUCAGGAGCUUCAGUCAGCAGAAGAAGUAACUGAGGAGGAAGAGGAAGAUGACUGCGAUAUCUCUACUACAGAAUCAGACAGCGAUGAAGAGGAAACCACCAUGUCUUCCAUACAUCAUCAGACCAGGAUGCAAUGGGGAACAUCAACAUUACACUGCUGAAAACACAUUCACACGCUCGAAAACACAACGCUUCUACCUGUAGCAUUCUGUAGUGACCUGCAAUACAAGCGAGUUGACAUGCAAACACACUUCGAAAGACUUCGAAACAGCUCUGAUCCUUUGUUUCUGAUCGAUACAGUUUUGGUGUGAGAUGACAAACUAAUAAAAGUCUGUCUUUUCCCUUUACACUCUCUGUCUCCGCUGGAGGACAGAAUAUGAGACAGUGAAGUCACAGAAGAACCUCUCGAGCAGCAGCCUGUUCAGGCUUUUGAUUAAAGAGAGUUUCUUUUUUGAGGCCUCUACAGCGCAUCUUAUU